AUGUAUUAUGCGCAGAAGCGUCGAAAUACAGGAGCCAGUCGACGAAAUCCCCCAGUUAUAGACGAAAUACCAGAUGAAAUCAAUUUCAGUACUGCUUGGGAUGUUUAUAAGCUAAACAAAUCUGCAUGCUUUCUUCAUUACGUUCCUAAUCCUAAAACUAAAAAUUGUCGAGACAAUCCAUAUUGUCUAGGUCGUUUGGGCUUAGAGAAAUGGGACAAAUUAUUGGGUUGUAUCAAAAAUGAAAAUAAAACAAAUACAGAAUUGGAUCGACGUGAUAUUAUGAAAAUGCCAUGUGGUUUGGUGAAUCUAGGAAAUUCUUGCUAUGUAAAUAGCUUUUUACAGAUAUUUUUCAAUGAUCCUGUUUUCCGAAAGUGCAUCUAUGAUUGGCGACCUGUCGCCGGUUUUGUCAAACCACAAGGAGAAAAAAUAAAUAUUGAAGAUUUAAUGCACUGCAUACAAAAAUUAUUUAUCACCUUACAGAUUACACCUUAUGAAGAUACUAAUGCUGAAGGAUUGGUUAAGCUAUUGCAGCUAGAUGGCAAUCAGCAUGAUGCACUAGAAUUUCAAAUACUUUUUUUUGGAAAACUAGAUAAAUUACUCAGUUACCAUAAUGAGUGGAACGGUGUGCGUGAAAUGAUCAUGAAGAGGUUUCAAGGAACUAUAACACAAACAAUUUCUUGCAAAUGUGGGCGGCGUAGUGUUACAGAAUUACCAUUUAAUCCAUUCUAUCUAAGCAUUGAUAAAGCGAGAUCGUUAUCCAAAGCAUUGGAAUAUUAUUUCCUUCCAGAGGAACUUCCUGACUUUAAGUGCAGCGAAUGUGAAGAGACUGGAUCUACUCAGAAUUGUCUAGCUAUUAAAGAACCACCACCUGUAUUAACCAUUCAGCUCAAUAGAUUUACAUAUGAUGUUGCGGGUCGAAAAAAGAAAAUUCAUUCACCGCUACAAUAUCCAAGAGUUCUACAGUUAGGUGAAGUUAAAUAUGAAAUUUGUGCUGUGAUGAUACAUGAAGGUCCAAAUGCUGAUUGUGGUCAUUAUUACGAUCUUAUUAAGCAUCCAGGAACAGGACAAUGGUUUACCUAUAAUGAUGAAGUCGUAAAGCCAUCUGCUACUCCUGGUGUAUCUGUAGAGAAAGAACGGAUAUCAAAAGUUACUGCUGAUAUGAAAGGUUGUUAUGCUUUGGUUUAUCGUCGAGAAAACGAAGAAAAUUCGUCCAUUCCUCAUGUUCCUGUGGAUUUAUUAGGUGACAUCGCAGAUAAGUUGGAAGAAGAAUUUGUCGCCCAAACAAGUGCAACCACAGAAAUAACCUUCAAGCUUAGAAAUACUGUCGAGGAAUAUCAUGAACGUCUUUCUAAAGCAUUCGAUAAACUACAAGUAAGGAAAGAUGAAGAAAUGCUUGUAAAGCCGGAGGACAUUGUAUUUCUUCCUACUACAUUACUCAGUACAAUAUUAUCGCAUGAAUUCAACAGAAUGAUCAACAGUAAUGACGAUGCUUUCAAAAAUUUUUUGAUUGGUACUAGAAGUGCGGAUGUCAUCAAAUCAUUGAACCUAGAAAAGGAGGAUGUAUUCAAAUCGUCGUUCUGUCUUUGUGCUCAUAAUCGUGUGUCUCUGGAAAGUGUUCGAAGUGGUGGAGUGAAAGCAGUAAUGAAAAGUCCGACAAUUGAUUUUCUAAAAACAUAUGAUGUUGACUUUGUCCAUCUGAAAACAGGGUCAGAUAUUUGCUUGGAUUGUGUAAGAGCGUUAAAAGCAAGAAAUGACUUCACAAAAAAAGUUCAGUUGAAAGAAAAGCUUGCAAAGCAGUUACUGCGUGAGAAAUCUAAAAGGUUUUAUCACUCGGAAAAUUGUUUUUGGGUAUCGGUACGUUGUUUAUCGCAGUACAGACAGCUAGCUUUACGUGCUCAUGAACAGUCUGUGAAGUGUAACGAUACGAUUUCGGAAAUAAAUUAUUUCUGGUCUCGUAAAAAAUCUAACAAGUGCGAAUCUGUAGCAGAUUGUGCUCCCUCAACAUCAGUAAUCUCUGAUAGCCUCUCACUCGAGAAUGAAUCUGGAAAGCCUGUUGAUGAAUUUGGUUUACCUGAUGUAGAUUUCGGUCCUAUUACUUUCUCCAACAAUUGUGAUGUUGCGAAAAUUAUAACUGAUAGCACUUGCAACAUGGUCGUCUUUUUAAUUCAAUUUAUCACUUUUAGUGAAUAUUGCGAUUUUAGUUCUUUAGAAAGUUUAGAGUCUUUGAGACAUUCAUCAAGAGUUACUGAUAUGUCAGUACAAAAUAAUUUCAUGAAUGACACGUGGAGUUCGCGUAAGAGAAAAGAUCCAUACAGCCGAGAUGAGGUUAAUAACUUGGCUAAAGGAUGUGAUGGUGCCUCAUUUUCUAAAGUGAAUGGUUUAACAUAUGAUGACCAUAAAUGUGCAGCUACUCGGCAUAUAAGAUCAUCUUCGGAGUCGCCACCAGAUAUCAUGGAAGUACCGGAUGUAGUUUCUACCUUUAUCGAGCAAAGUAAACAUGUUGACAGAAUGUUUGGUAGAUCAAGUCAGACAACUAUGACUUCUAGUGAUGUAUGUUCAAGAUGUUUUUUGCUCCAGCAUUUAGUUUCUGGUAAGCAUGAGCAACCCAAAUUGGAUAUUAGAGAAGAAAGAACACAUGGAACUUCUAUUGCGGAUUACAACACUCAUUCAUCAUCAGAGAGUGAAAUUCGGGAUCCAGGCACGCCACAAAGAAAUAUGAAUUGUAAAGAAAGUGAUGAUGAAGACGAAGAAAAAAAACUGGUCAUUUUCAAUGGAGAUUUACGAUGCAAACACGGACUUUUGGAUUACGAAUGUUGGAUGACAAAUGAACGGCGAAUUGUUGUUGAUGGUAAUGAGUGGGAACAGUUAAUAACUGGUAUUUUCGAACCAGAACAUUUUUGGUGCAUUAGCGUUGAUGAAUUUCCUUGUUCUAUCUGUAAAUCCGGUUAUUUAUACAAAAAAGAUGAUUGGGAAGAAACGUUGCGACGUAUGAAAGAAAUACGUUUGGCUGUCGGUGAAUUGAUUCGUGCCGCUGUACGAAGAACGAUGAUAGUAAAAUCAUCGAUGCCACAAAUUUACGAACGUGUAAUUUGUAGGAAUUUUCUAAAAAAUAUGAUCUCAUGUUUUAAAAGCCGCGUUCGAAAUCCAAUUAUUCCAACAAUAUGUCAGGAUUGCAUGCUUUGUUCAAUGCACAAGAAGCCAUGUGUCCUUAUUGAUAACACUGAAGGCUUGGUAUGUUCUAUUUGCCAAGAAAAACUAAAAAGGAUUAAAGGGAAGCAGUGGCAAAAGCAGGCUGUACCAGUCACUUUGGAAGAGUGGCAGAAAAUCCUCGUGGCCAUGCAAAUUAGUGAAGAUGAAGUUAUGCACAUUAUUCUCGACAGUAAAGGAGUCUGCGAAAUGUUUUGUGAUGAAUGUUUUCGUCAGCAGCAGUUGCAAGUUGAACAUCAACGUUUUGUAUACGAAAAUGGUGCUGAAAUUUAUGUUAAACUAAAGAGUGACAAAAGUGAUGAACCGAUAAAAACGGCAAAUGGUGAUUUGAUAUCGCCAUUCAAUGCUACACCAUCUUUCGUGCGUGCAGAACGACAUGCAACGACAAGGCGUGCAGUGGCGAAUUUUCAGAUGACCUCUCUGAACACAAUUCAUGAAUUGAAAAUCAAAAUCUAUCAAAAAACGGGUCAACUACCGAACGAUCAAUUGAUCUAUAUGAAAGAGAGACUGCUCAAUGAUUCAGACACACUGGAGGAAGCGCGAGUCGAUCCACAGGAACUUGUCGAAACACCGUUAACUUUAAUUGUACAGCAGCCAACAGAUAUCCCGUCAGAACCACGACAACUAGAACGGGGUUUCGCUGAUACUGCGUUGUCUCAUAACUAA